AAGUUCUAUUUGAAGGACCAACCAACCAAUUGCACGGCCAUGUUGCUGCUAUGGAUCUUCUCCCUGGCUGCCUCCUUUCUCCUGCCUGCAACUGGGGAGGUGGUGCACAAUUUCAGUACAUGCAGUGAUUUCUUUUUGGAUGGAACCCCCCCGCAACUGGAGCGAGAGAAUACAAGCAGAAUCUGCCAGAUGUAUAAGAACCAGUAUCGAUUUGCCACUUUGUAUGACAGAAAGGGGCGUAUCCCCGUAUUCUCAGCAUAUAAAUAUCAACCUGGUAAAGGCAAAAGAAUAAACAACUGGAAGAUCGAACCACAGCUUGCACUACCUGAGAAUCAGCAACGAAGAAGCAUGGAGUCAGAAAAGACUUGUAAUAUCAGCGAAGAAAUCCUUAAGAAAAGCCAAGCUGUUGUGAAGGAUUACAAAAACUGUGCCAAUUUUGACAGAGGACAUUUGCUCCCUGUGUCUCAUCAAGGCGAUCAGGAUAGCAAAGAUGCAACAUUCACCUUAACUAACAUCGUGCCCCAGUUUUGUCACCUCAAUAAAAAUAAAUGGGCGGAAUAUGAAAACAAUAUGAAAAAUUAUACUAGAGGGUGCCUUAAUACGUAUGUCAUUGUGGGUGUGGUGCCCGGGAAUAACGUUCUCAAUAGGAGAGUGAAUAUACCCAGUUAUAUCUGGGCUGCAGCUUGUUGUGUGCUUCAAAACAAUCAGAGAAAAUCCUGGGCAGUCCUUGCACAAAAUAAUGUGGAUAAGGUAGACUAUCAUACCUUGGAGGAGCUGCAAGCACAACUUUCUAAUCUCUAUGGGAACAGAACUGAUCUUUUCAAUAAUGCUUGUAAUGCAACCAGUGGCCUACAAAACUGAGCUCACAGAACAAAUAAAAGCAAAAGAGAAACCUAGCAACUUACUUGUUCAACAGAUAGAAUGAAUAUGGUUAAUUGUAAUCCUGGCUUGUUCUGUGUGAUUGUAUUCUUCAGGGUGGUAAAAAUCCAGGCUGUUGAUUAGUUUACGGUAAAGAUCAUUAUGGAAAUCCAGCAAAUAAAUUAAUCCAGUAACCAGAUUAAGGGUCUAGUGUUGAAAUAGAUAAAAUCGUUAUCUCAAUUUGCAGGUUGUAUAGGAUUGAUUUGAUUGUGUUGAUUAUAAUGUUGAUUGAUUUCAACACAUGUACAGUAUAACUUGUGAGAAAAGGAAGUGCAGUGAGAAGGAAUGAGCACUGAUGCUGAACAGGAGUUUUGCUUGAUACAGAGAGUCCUCAAUUUUUGACUGUUAAAUGACUGUUCUGAUGGUGCUGAAAAAAGUCACUUUCAACCAGUUCUUGCACUUAAGGACCAUCGCAGUGUCAGCACAGUCAAGUCAAAAUUUGGGUAAUUGGAAACUGGCAUGCGUUGAUGAUGGCUGCAAACUUCCCAGGUGGCUCCUGAUAGGUAAAGUCAAAAGAGGAAGCUAAUUUUGUUUAAUGACCUCAGCAACACAGGUUGUAAAAGCAGAUGUGACUGUCUCAAUGAUUGCAUUGCUUAGGGACAGAGGUUAUAGUUGCAAUCCUGGUUGCAAGUCAAGGACUUCCUGUAUAGAACUGUUAGAAUUCUUUCUCAAAAGCUUUCUUAGUUCUUGCAAUAAACUUACUUGUCAAAGA